AUGGAGUUGCCUAGAAGUCUCGACGUCUACAGAGACGACAAUCUCAUCAUCCAGGAUCAUGACGGUAUUUUUGCUCUCCACCGUCCACUUCCAUCUCUGCCUACAGACACACUCGUCAAAUGCAUUUUCGACGCCUACAGGAAUAGCGUCAAGGUACGCCUGAUGGCUCUCACAGACAUCACUCCCUGUCUCUGCGCAGUUGCUCCGAUUGAGAGAAUCCAAGCUGGUAUGGUGGCCAUGGUGGUUACUUCGGAAGUGGAGUACUACAAAUUGCUCAGGAGCAACCCUUCAGACGGCGAGCCGCGAUCAGCCUCUUUGUCAAUCUUUUCGAUGUACAAGGAUUCAUUUGACUUAAUUGAGAACGCUGGAACUGUUAUUCUGGCCUGGAGAUUCUAUGGAGUUGAUGAUUCCCCUUUCAUGGACCGUCAAGGUAAGGUGUUGCCUCUUCGAGCUAAUACACACCCAGACCUAUCCUAUCCAUCCCCGCAGUCUGCCCGGUCUUCUCAGGCCGAGAGUAACGAUGCAGCUGAGAUCAAGACUCUCAGACUUGAGCUAGGCCAGGCAAGAGCUGAGGGGCUGAACAACAAGAUCCUCAAGGAGUACAUGCAGGCGAAGUGGUUGACAACCAUUUACGAGUGCGAGGAUCAAGUUAGCGAGAGACGCACCGCCGAGCUGAUCCAGAAGUGUAUCGCAAAGAGAUUUGAACAGGCGCAGCAGAAACACGGGAAGCCGCAGAAGAUUGUUAGGUUGGCUACAGAGAAGCAUCUUGAUAGCAAGGCGAAAGAAAUGACGAAGGAUAAGGAUACGGAAGGGACGAGACCGUUUACAAAGUAUGACUAUGAGGUUUUCCUCCGGACAUUUUUCUCUGCUGUUAAUGCGAUCCAGAAGGAUGAGGAGAAAGUGGUGAAAGAGAACUAA